AUGAAAAAAGUCUUAUAUGGAUUUAGAAAAUUUAUUCAUUUGUUAUCUGCAUUGUAUUUGUUUAAUUAUUUGUAUAAAUUAGAGGUUUUAUUAAUCGUUAAAGUUUCAUCAGAAGUUGAAAUUUCUCAUAAAGAUGGUUUAGUAUUAAUAGUAGCUGAGGAGUAUAAACUGCCAGAAAAUCUUCAAGAGCAAUUAGAAAUUGCAAUAGAAGAAAUGAAAAAAUCACCAAAAAAUCUUCAAAAGCAAUUGGAAAAUGCAAUAGACGAAGUGAAAAAAUCACAAAGAAUAUUAGAUCGUCAAGAAUAUUUUCAAGAAUAUCUUCAAAAAAUUAAUGAUUUUGAUGAAAAAGCUUUGAAAAUUGAUGAUCUUAACCAAAUGAUUGAUUUAAAAUUUGAGAUUCUUUCCAAUUUAGCUACUCUAAAAACUGGAAUUUUUUUACUGGUUGAGAAAGUGAAAAAUAUUGACUUAGAACGCAUUUGUCUAAAUGAAAUUAGUUUAACAGUUGGCGAAAUUGACAAAUACUUACCUGAAUGGAUUAAUUGUUGUACUAAAAUUACCAACAAAUUUGAAGAACUCAGUUAUUUUAUUAGUAAGAUAGAAGAUAGUCACUUUUUUUUUACGAUCCAAGAAGAAAUAUUAUCUAAACUUGCCGAUAAAAAAACAAACUUAAAUCAUAUGUCUAAAAAAAUUGAUAAUCUGAAAGGAUUUUUUCCAAGCUUCAAGAAUAUUGAAAAGGAAAAGAAAAAGAUACAAAAUGAAAGUUAUUCAAAUUUUCUCCAAAUUAUCGGAUUAAAGUUGGUAUAUGAUUUGACUACUGAAUUGGAAUACGCAACAAGUAGAUUGAAACUUUUGGAUAUUCAAAAAAUAUUGGAGUUUUGGAAAAAGCUUUCUGAUGAAUUGCGAUUAAGUGAAGAAUUAUUGAAAAGUUUUGAAAAAAGUGAAUUAUAUGUCAAAGAAUAUUAUCUUGAUUAUUUGGUGGAUAAUUUGACGGAAAUAGGAUGUUCAAUUAAUAAUUUUUGCAAACAAAUCAUAGAUGGAAAGACU